UUUACUGCUUGGUGGGGGGGUUGGUUGUCUGUGCUAUCUGCAGGCUCGGCGCCCGAGUUGUGUAUUGUCACACACUGGUCACUGUGGCUUUAUAAAACCCAACGGAGUACAGUUUUACAUAUUAGACCAUGAACGCUUUUUAGAAGAAACUACAUUCAAAAUCAUCCUUUCGACCAGUUUUUAAGCUUAUUUAUUCGUGUUGCAUAUGAGUUGCACACACGUAACAUGGCAAGGGGAAGCAUUGCUGGCAAAAGGAUCCCUAAGUUGGGAUUCAUAUUACGGACAAUGUAAGAGCAGGUCUUCAUGUCAUUGAUACAUCUGCUUAACCGGAGGGAAGGACAGAGCUGUAUCCAAAACUAUCUCUGAGGUGACAACAGCCAUUCAGAUAUCUCCCUUUAGUCUUUUUUUUUAUUUAGAAGUGGACUGCUUGUGGGGAGGGGUUAGCCUUCCCACCGCUACAGACAAACACCAUGACCACCUCAUCGCUACGCCGCUCGGUGAAGAACAUUGUCAACAACUACACCGAUGCGGAGAUCAAAGUGCGCGAGGCCACUUCCAACGACCCCUGGGGGCCCCCUACCUCGCUCAUGGCCGAGAUUGCCGACAUGACCUUCAACGUGGUGGCCUUCACCGAGGUCAUGGGCAUGAUCUGGAAGCGUCUGAACGACCACGGCAAGAACUGGCGCCACGUUUACAAGGCCCUGAUGCUGCUGGACUACCUGAUCAAGACGGGCUCGGAGCGGGUGGCGCAACAGUGCAAGGAGAACAUCUACGCCAUCCAGACGCUACGCGACUUCCAGUACAUCGACCGCGACGGCCAGGACCAGGGCAUCCACGUGCGUGAGCGCGCCAAGCAGCUGGUCUCGCUCAUCCGGGACGACGAGCGACUGCGGCAGGAGCGCGCCCAGGCCCACAAGACCCGGGAGCGCAUGGCGGGCACCAGCAUGGGUUACGGGGCGAUGCCACCUCCAUACCCAGGGCGCCGCAGCAGCCAGCCCAGCAUGGGGGCCCUGUACGGGGAGGAGCACCAGGCCAGGCCCCGAGGAUCCCCAUCUUCCUAUAAUUCGCCGGAUCUGGAGCAGGCGCGGCCGCAGACCAGCGGAGAGGAGGAGCUGCAGCUGCAGCUGGCCCUGGCCAUGAGCCGAGAGGAGACGGAGAAGCCGCCACCACCGGCUGUGGAUAUCGAUGAGCAGACGCAGCUCCAGAUUGCCAUGAGCCUCAGCAAGGAGGAGGCCAUGAAGCCGCGCCCGCCCAAGCCCGUGGCCCUGGAUAUGGACGAGGAGACCCAGCUCCAGAUCGCGCUGAACCUGAGCAAAGAGGAGCAUCAGCAGGUGAGGAGAGAGCAACAGAGUCGCCGGGGAGAUGAGUCGAUGCUCCAGAAAGCUCUUGAGGAGAGUAAGCGAGAGAUGGACUCAAAGAGAGGGGGGUCGGCGAUGAUGGAUCUUGUAGAUAUUUUUGCUCCAGCCCCUGCUGAGCCCUCGAGUGCCCACUCCUGGGACUUGGCAUCUGGUGAUGUCCACGUGGCGCCUGCAGGCCCCCUGAGGGUCGACCCUUGGGACUCUCUGGCAGAGGCCAGCUCAGCGAGAGGAGCGAGUGGUUCCUGGUUGGCGGCGUCAGCCUCCGCCGGUCGACCGCAGCAGUCUUGGGACCACAGAUCGAGCCCCGCUGAUCCUUGGGACGCUCCCCAAAGCGCUCCCAGGUCCAACCUCUCUGGCCAGAUGUGGUCAUCCCCAGCCCAUAAAGAUGGAGACCUGUUUGACGAGGCCAUGGACGGAGGUCAGAUGAAUGUGAACGGGCACGGCGGGGGCAGCCCUGAGCCCUUUGACAUGUCCCGUCUGGGAGAGAGCCUGGCCGACCCCACGCCCCGGGCCUGCCGCACCCCCGAGGCUUUCCUGGGGCCAGUGGCCGCGUCACUGGUCAACCUGGACUCCCUCAUCCCCACCAGUCCUGCUCCCAAGACUCUGAACCCAUUCCUCACAGGUGUGGCCGCAGGGCCAAGCACCACAGCAGCCUCGAAUCCAUUCCAAAGUGAGCAGCCGCGCCUCACCCUGAACGAGAUGCGCCCCAUCUCCACGUCCCCGGUGCCCCAGUCGGGCUCGUUGCCCUACAGUGCCUCCCUGCCCCUGCCCUCCAACCCACAGCCCUCGUCGCUGCCCUCCUCCCUCACCCAGCCUCCCGCUGCCGCCGCCGCCGGUGGCCGCCCCUUGGACCUGCCCGGCAACCUGCCCCAGCCGCUGCUGCCCCUCUCCUCCACCGGCAUGCUCGGACCGCCCGGAGUGGACAUGCAAAACCAGAACCCUUUCCUCUAAGACAUUCUCGUGGCCCUUGCAAGGGAGAGCUGUUGUAGGUUGUGAUUUUCUCAGAUGCUCAGUUGGCCCUGCUGGGGAAAGACGGUUGUAGUUUUUUUGUUUUUGUUUUUGUUUUUUCCCUAAAUGUCGAUAGACCUAUAGACUCAACUGGAACUAAAGUCAGCACUGACUGCUCUGUUUAAUAACCUUGAGUUUUGUAUGGGCUUAACUACCUUCACAUACUUUGCUAUUACCUGGUAUCACUUGUCAGCCAGCGUGCUCUGCAUAGGACAGGCACAGUGGCAGGAGAGGGAAUGGAGAUGGAAAAAAAACAACCCUAUUCAGAUGCACAAACGCAGAGAGAAAGAGGAGGGGCGCGCGUCAGCUGUCAUCGAAGAGAAGUCCUAAUGAAGGCGCUUUCUUGCAAGAUAUUUUUAAUACUUCCUUUGAUGCCACGAGAGCAUUUAUUCACACACUGCUUCAGCUGAUGGCCCAUGCACUGUGCUGUGCUGAUCCAAGUACUGAAUGUACACACACCACGUGUCUUUGCUUAUUCCACUUCAACACGACCACACCCCAGACCCGUAGAGCCAGACUGCCUCUGGAUUGGCUGCUGCACACAGACUGGGCCGUUUCUCCGGUUACGCCCGAGGGAUAACGCGCAUCUGUGAACUAAACGGCGAAGGGACAAGAGCCAAGAAUCCCAUUUAGAUAAUGAGACCCAGCUAGCUGGAUACAAGCACCUUCAGACAUCAUGCUGAGGAUUGCUAGAGGAGAGAGAGGGAUUUUUUUAGGAGUAUUGAUUUGUGUGCACAUGUGUGUGUGAGAGUGUGUGUGCGUGAGUGUGGUUGCGUGUUGCUGGAAGUGGAGGUGUGGGGAAU